UCCAGUCCAUUGCAAAAUUUGCGAUGCGGGUAUAGGCUGAUUGCUGGGAAGCAUUCGGAACCUACGGAUUUCGCGGUUGAGGGAAAGGAGGUAGCAAGACGGUGAAAAGAGAAAAGAAGGCUUAGCAGCAGCGAGAAAUGAGGAAGUUCGAUCCAUGGCCUGUUUUCUUUAAGCGAGAGUGGAAUCGGAAUUGGCCCUUCCUGGUUGGCUUCGCCAUCACCGGAACCCUAAUCGUCAAGUUCACCGCUGGUCUUACAGAGGAAGAUGCUAAGAAGUCUAAGUUCGUUCAAGAGCACAGGAGGUAACCUAUCUAUCACCAUUCUUCAAACUCUAUUAUUUGCUGUAUGAAAUGAGUGCGCCUCUCAUGUUUCCGAUCGUGGCAAGCUGAAACAGUGACUCGUUAACUCGAUGGCACAAUACUCAGCUCUUUAUGAAUAAAUUGAUUAUAGAUUGUUAGUGGUAGCACGGGUCCCCUCUCCCUCCGGUUAGGCUAAUGAUAAAAUCCCAGGAUGAAAGGAGCAUUAGGGUGCACCAUGCAAGAAUAAUUCCAGGGAAAGUCAUGGCUGAAGUGAUUGGUGUAUUGGUAUUAGGCCUCUCUUGUCCUUCAUGCCCGAGUUGAUUUUCUUGCUGCAUUGCCAAAUUCUAUCAUUAUUAUUUUCUUUUAAUCCAUCCUAGCUUAUGGAUU